AUUUAUUUAAUAUAGUUCUUAUCUACAGGAGUUUGUAUUUACGUUCUUACUUCUUAUCAUAUACAUUUGUUAUAUAAGGUUUUCUCAUUGCCACGUAUAAUAAGCACAUGCAGGUAUAAGUUAUAUCAUAUAAGAACAUCAUAUCAUCAAUUCAAUAUAAGUUAUAUCAUAUAAGAACAUCGUAUCAUCAAUUCAUCAUAUAAUAUCACGUACUUGAACAUACAUGUGGAAACAAUGAUAAUGAUAAUGAUAAUGAUAAUUAUGAAUGUGAAUGGUUAAUAGUUAGUAAGAUUAGAUAAAAAAAAAUAUUAACUACUACGUACGUAUAUAAUCAACACAAUAUCCGGUUCAAUAAGAUUAAAGUCACACCAUGUACCCAUUUCUGCUUUUAAAAAAGAUUAACAUAUCAAUGGUAAAACUUUCUACGCUAAACCGAUCCAAAACAAAGAUUACCUCAAAUUCAAAACCCUUUCUAAUUUGGUUUUUAGUUGAUUUAACUUCUUUCUCGAGGCUAACCUAACAAACCAAACCAAUUCCUCAAACUGACAUUUACGUAAGAUUUGUUUUCUUUUUCAAAUUAAAGAAACGUUAUAAACCACAACACCGUACGUGAACCUAAAGCAAAUAAAAAUAUUAAAUCACUUCUGAAUAUAAAAAAAGUGGUCCAAAAUUAUUUUCAAUAAAAACAAAAUGCAUUUUUGUAUACUAAGAAUACAACAAGUUCGGAAAAAAAAAAAUGAUUCACGUCGACAAUAUAGAUGAUCCUUCUCAAAAAAAAAAUCACGCUAAAAUGUUUCCAUGAGUUCAGGUUUUAGAUAUGUUUUUGUUUUUAUCUGUAAAACAGGUUUCUGUUAUUCUGUACCACAAAUCGAAUUAUGUUAUUCGACCCAACAUGGCAACAUGAAUUAACUAGACUUUAGAGAUCACAAGAUAAAUUAUGAAUACGACUAUACUCUAGUCUAUACCAACUCAAACGAUUAAUAAACUAUAACUAGGUUUUACUAAAUUAGCCGUGAAUUCAUUUCUCAUUUUCAACGUAAACCAACUAUAAGACCAAUUUCGGUUUAAGCUAAGAACCAUAAAGGGCAGUUUCGUAAUAACUUAACAAACUUAUGUCCACGUAAUGAAGUGAGUCGCAAGGGUCAAGAUUCUCAACUUCCUUCUAUAAAUUGCCUCUGUCCCAUAAAGAGUAUCGUCACUCCAAAACUUCUUAAACCUGUGGUACGAUCUGUAAACACAUCCCAAAACAUUAGCCUUUUAACUUUUUAUAAGAAACCAAUCCCAAAGAUUUUAAUUAGGAAAAAUAAUAUUAUAAAGAGAAGAGAAGUGAUUCAAGGUGUGGUUAGGUGUAGGAUAUGAAAUUCUUGUUGGAGCUAGUCGUGCCUUGUUUUGGUUCACAGCAGUUCCAAGAAUCCACCGCCGCAGCCGCGGACGAUUCGGCUUCAGACGAAGCGCAAACGCUGAUGAAACAGCGAAGGCGGCGGAAACGUGUUAGAGUAGCUGGUCAACCUGGACAGACAGCAGAGUGGAGACCGUCACUUAGCGUUAUCUCGGAGACCAAACCGGCUAUAAGGGAGAAAUCGGGAAAGGACGAGGAAAAGAAGAAAGUUCGUCGGAAAAGUGAAGGCAACGAUGGCGAAGAUGCCGCGUCGUCACGAUCUGGUCAUGUUCGUUUCCGUAGUGACGAUUUCGGGAGGAAUGCUUUCGAACCGGUGAUCCCGGCGUUCUCACCGACUCCGUUUAUGUUUUGAGUUCUUUUUAAAAAGUUUCUUAUGAAGUUUAUUAUGUUCUGUGUAUGAUAUGUAUAGUAGCAAUAAAUAUGUUAAUGGAAAGAUGUAGCACUAUUAAUAUAUAUAUUGCUUUGAUAUUAUAAUUACUACCACCGAAA